UUCUUAGCUUUCCGCUGGUCUUCACGGUUUGGUAAGUAACCCAAACGGUUUUCUUGUGAAUCCAAUCCAAUUUCUAUAUAAAUAAUUUAUUCCCAGAAAAGAAGAAUAGUCCGUCGAGAGAGAGGGAGAGAGAGAGACUAAAACCACUGCUGCAAGUGGAAAAGUAAUUGGUCGGUUGCCACCUGUUUGUUUUAGUUUUGGUUCAAAAACCAGCAGCACGAAGAGUCCACAUAAAAGAAAAGCUUGGUCCUCCUUGUGCGGAGUACACCUUCCUCAGGUAUACAAGGGUCAACGUUGUCUGUGUGCUGCAGCGGUGUCUCUCGAACCCUAAACCUCUAUAUUUGUUAACUGGUUUACUGCUUGGGUUUCUCUGUCUUUAUUUGGAUUCGAUAUAUACUCUCGCUCCUAAAUCAUCAUCUUUCACUUGAAAUUCGCCAGGAAGCCCUCUUCGCUUCGUUUCUACUGCUUCCCUUUCCUUUCGAUCUUCAUCAACUUGUACAUCUUUCGAUCUUCAUCGCCAUGGAAUCAAAUGGUAUCUCCGAGCAGAAGAUCAUCACCGGUGAUUCUGGUUACAUUCUUCAAGACGUUCCUCAUUUAACCGAUUACAUUCCUGAUCUCCCGACUUAUUCCAAUCCUCUACAAGACAAUCCUGCCUACGCCGUUGUCAAGCAGUAUUUUGUCCACGUCGAUGACUCUGUUCCACAAAAGAUUGUGGUUCACAAGGAUAGCCCCAGAGGGAUACAUUUCCGCCGUGCCGGACCCCGUCAAAAGAUCUAUUUUGAGCCAGAUGAAGUUCGUGCUUGCAUUGUCACAUGUGGGGGUCUCUGCCCGGGACUCAAUACCGUAAUUAGAGAAAUAGUGUACAGCUUGUACCAUAUGUAUGGCGUGACUAGAGUGCUGGGGAUAGAUGGUGGUUACAAGGGUUUUUAUGCUCGAAACACGAUUCCUCUGACACCUAAGGUUGUGAAUGACAUUCAUAAACGUGGUGGAACUAUCCUUGGGACGUCACGAGGUGGCCAUGAUACUUCAAAAAUUGUCCACAGCAUUCAGGAUCGGGGCAUUAAUCAAGUUUACAUUAUUGGAGGAGAUGGAACUCAGAAAGGGGCAUCGGUGAUUUUUGAGGAAAUUAGAAGGCGGGGUCUUAAAGUCGUAGUUGCUGGAAUUCCCAAAACCAUUGAUAAUGACAUUCCGGUUAUUGACAGGUCCUUUGGCUUUGACACUGCUGUUGAGGAGGCUCAACGUGCUAUUAAUGCAGCACAUGUUGAGGCUGAAAGUGUCGAGAAUGGUAUUGGUCUUGUGAAGUUGAUGGGUCGUUACAGUGGGUUUAUUGCUAUGUAUGCUACUCUUGCAAGCCGGGAUGUGGAUUGUUGCUUGAUUCCAGAGUCCCCUUUUUAUUUAGAUGGGAAAGGUGGACUAUAUGAAUACAUAGAGAAACAACUGAAAGAAAAUGGGCACAUGGUUAUUGUGAUAGCUGAAGGUGCAGGCCAGGAGCUGCUUUCUGAAAGCAUGCAACAAGAUGCUUCAGGAAAUAAGCUUCUUCAAGAUGUUGGGCUGUGGAUAUCACAGGGGAUCAAGGACUAUUUUUCGAAGCAGAAGAAGAUGACUAUAAACCUCAAAUAUAUAGAUCCUACAUAUAUGAUCCGUGCCGUACCAGGCAAUGCAGCUGACAAUGUUUACUGCACACUUCUGGCUCAAAGUGUUGUGCAUGGAGCAAUGGCUGGUUAUACAGGCUUCACUAGUGGUCUUGUUAAUGGCAGACAAACAUACAUACCCUUCUAUCGUAUCAAUGAAAAACAGCACAAGGUGGUUAUAACAGAUAGGAUGUGGGCUAGGCUCUUAUCGUCAACAAAUCAGCCCAGCUUUAUUAGUAAUAAAGAGGUCAUCGAAGAUAGAAAGGAGCAUAUCUCUGGAGAAGAGAAAAACGAAGAAACCCAGUUGUUGGAUGAUGAAAAUUGUGCUGAUGUAGUUCCAGAGAAUGUAGACAACAGCCAACCGUGAUCCCUUUUAAAACCCUAAUGAUCAAUAUCAUUGCCUAGCCUACAGUUGUGUCCUCUCCUUGUGUUCCUACACGCUUUUAGUUCUGUUGCAUAAGUCGUAUUCCAAGGUCAAUUUCUGCCCUCGUUUUAUAUAAGUGUAUUAGGAAAAGGUAGUCAUUCUGCCCGUAGAAAAAUAAUUUAUACCUGUGAGUGACACGGGAAAAGUUAGCUCGUGCUGAACUGCGGAUUGCAUGUCUGGCAUGUAUUUAAAGCAUUUAUUCACUGUAGUUUAUGCCCUCCAUUCUUUUUAUGGAUGGAUAUGAGCAUCAUUGAUUUCCAUUAAUUUGAAUUCCCUUGUGAAUUUUAUGAA